ACCUUGGAUGAGCUGAUCUCUGGAGCGUCGGAUUGGAAGGACGGAUUUCAAAUGGAUGACGGUGACGCAAAUACCGUAUUGCAAGAGUUGGACAUGGUGCUGACAAUGGAGCAGUACAGGGCCUUACAGGUGGGUAAUAGCAUAGGACUGGUCACUUGAUGACACUGGUAUAUUAAUAACACUGGUUACCCUAUAUAACUGGUAAUGUUAUAACACUGGUUAUAUUAUAACACUGGUCAUAUUUAAAGCACUGGUAAUAUUUCGACACUAGCAAUACUAUAACACUCUUCAAAUUGUAAAAUUGAUUUUUUUUUUAUAUCACUGGUUAUUUUAUAACACUGGUUACGUGAUGAAAUAUUGACAUGAAAUUAAGAAGUCAGUGAUAAUGAAGAAACUAUAUUGUUAAUAUGGACGAUUAGUAAAAAAAAAAAUUCACAAUGAAACAAAUCUGACACCUAGAUGGAAUUCAUGGAAUCAUUUUAUCUGCCACAAUUGAAAUGUGUUUUUUCCCCAUAAAACAUUUAGGCCUUACACUAUCCUAAAGCUGUUAGAAUUCUAUUAUAAUUGGCGUUCCUUUACACACGUGUGUAAAAUACAAUUUUAUUUCUCCCAGGACUUAAAACAAGACGCAGCUUCUGGUUCAUCAAGAUAUAAGCGUAAAGCUUUGUUAGCCGAGUCGUUUCGCUGGAAGAACAAAGUGAUCCCAUACAAGAUAGUCGCUAAUGUUUUCGAUGCCAAGGACAGGGGAGAAAUAAGACGCGCUAUUGACGAAUGGCAGAAUUAUACAUGCAUAACCUUCAGGGAGGCCACACGCAAUGAUAAAAACUUCGUCCGCAUUGGCAACGGGCAUGGGUGCUACUCUAACGUAGGUAUGGUCGGGGGUCCUCAAGACCUGGGUCUCGCCGGGGGAUGUCGUGUCAAAGGAAUCAUUGUCCACGAGCUGGGGCACGCUGUCGGGUUUCACCACGAGCAGAACCGCCCUGACCGUGACGACCACGUGACCAUCAUCAGGCAAAAUAUCCAGGAAAAAUUGUACUACAACUUCCAAAAAUAUCCCUGGACCGGACUUACCACGUUAGAAGUCCCGUACGACUACAAGAGCGUGAUGCAUUACGGGGGUACCGCUUUCUCUAUGAAUGGUCAGGUUACUAUUAAAACAAAUGACCCUGCUUACCAAAACGUGAUCGGAAGCAGAGUGGGCCUUAGCUUUUUUGACAUCAAACUGGCCAAUCUGAUGUAUAAAUGUAACUCGGGCUGUCCAGUCAACAAAGUCUGCCCCCACCCUGGGUUCGUGGGAAAGGAUUGCAAGUGUUGGUGCCCGGGGGACCCCAUAAAACCAUGCGAAAAUGAAGGCGUUGUCUCUACCAAAAAACCAUCCGCAAAAUGCGAGGACUUAGGCCCACACUGCUCUGACUGGGCGAAGGCAGGUUACUGUCGGACGAGUACGGACACUAAAGAAAAAUGCAAAAAAUCAUGCGGGGCUUGUACAGGGGACCCCGUGAAUCCACGGGGACAAAACCCAUCCGCCAAAUGCCAGGACUUAGGCCCACACUGCUCUGACUGGGCGAAGGCAGGUUACUGUCGGACGAGUACGGACACUAAAGAAAAAUGCAAAAAAUCAUGCGGGGCUUGU